AUGCCGCUGAAGCGCUCAAAGACUCGCGCGCCCCGCGACCGUCGCCAUGGACGGAUCACUUCUUCGGAAGCGGGCAGGAUUCGAGGUGAGAUUGAAGAAAUUAGCAUACCGCGGAAGCAACGGGAGAGGAGGAAGCUUGAGAAGGCUCACCCCGAGAUCAAGACGAUGUGGAAGGACCUUGGCAAAAUUCCGGUCAUUACGCCUGUCCAAGCAGAGCAGCCGACUGCCAUCACUCGCAAGCUGAAGUCCUUCCAGCUUGAAGGUCUGGAUUGGAUGACGAAGCAGGAGAGGACGCCCUACAAAGGCGGCUUGCUCGGUGAUGAGAUGGGCAUGGGCAAGACCAUCCAGGCAGUUUCGCUCAUCAUGUCCGACUACCCGCAGAAGCAGCCAACCCUCGUCGUGGUGCCGCCGGUAGCGCUUAUGCAAUGGUCCGCCGAGAUCAAGCAGUACACUGACGGCAUGCUCAAUGUGCUCGUCUAUCACGGCCAGAACAGCAAGGUCAAGAGUAUGAGCGUCAAGGAGUUGAAGAAGUUCGACGUCAUAAUGAUCUCUUACAACAGCUUGGAAUCACUGCAUCGUAAGGAGACGAAAGGCUGGAGUCGCGGCGAAAACAUUGUCAAGGAAGACUCGCCCAUUCACGCCAUCCACUUCCACCGGCUGAUCCUUGAUGAGGCUCACAGCAUCAAGUCUCGCACCACGGGCGUGGCAAAGGCCUGCUUCGCUUUAGAAGGCACAUACAAGUGGUGUCUGUCCGGCACACCCGUCCAAAACCGCAUCGGCGAGUUCUUCUCCUUGCUUCGCUUCCUCGAGGUCCGCCCGUUCGCCGACUAUUUCUGCAAGAGCUGCGACUGCUCGAUACUUCAUUGGAAGCUUGACGAUGACCACAUGUGUCCCAGAUGCAAGCACUCCGGCAUGGAGCACGUCUCUGUCUUCAACCAGGAACUGCUCAACCCACUCACUCAAUCCGAAGAUCCGGCGGAGCGAUCCGCGGCCAUGGACAAGCUACACAUGAUCACCGCUAGGAUCAUGCUUCGUCGCAUGAAGCGCGACUACGUUAGCUCUAUGGAGCUGCCGCCCAAGGAGGUCAUCGUGCACAAUGAGUUCUUCGGCGAAAUUGAGCGCGACUUCUCCAGCAGCAUCAUGACUAACACCUCCCGCCAGUUCGACACCUAUGUCGCUCGUGGCGUCAUGCUGAACAACUAUGCCAACAUCUUCGGUCUGAUCAUGCAAAUGCGUCAAGUGGCUAACCACCCCGAUCUUCUACUCAAAAAGCACGCGCAGGAAGGCCAGAAUGUCCUUGUUUGUAACAUCUGCGACGAGGUGGCUGAGGAGGCCAUCCGCUCACAGUGCAAGCACGACUUCUGCCGCAGCUGUGUCAAGUCUUACCUCCAGUCCGUCGAAGAGACGGGCGGCGACGCUGAUUGCCCGCGCUGCCACAUCCCGCUUGCCAUUGACCUUGAUCAGCCGGACAUCGAGCAGGACGAGGAGGUGGUAAAGAAAUCGAGCAUCAUCAACCGCAUCAAGAUGGAGAACUGGACGUCCUCCACCAAAAUCGAGAUGCUGGUGUAUGAUCUGUACAAGCUGCGCAGCAAGAAGCAGACACUGAAGAGCAUCGUGUUUUCGCAGUUCACGAGUAUGCUGCAGCUCAUUGAGUGGCGUCUGCGCCGCGCUGGGUUCAACACAGUCAUGCUUGACGGGUCCAUGACGCCUAUUCAGCGCGAAAAGAGCAUCAAGUACUUCAUGGAGAACUCGGAUGUCGAGGUGUUCUUGGUGUCGUUGAAGGCAGGUGGCGUAGCGCUGAAUCUGACCGAGGCGUCGAGAGUGUUCAUCGUCGACCCGUGGUGGAACCCAGCUGCUGAGUGGCAAUCCGCCGACCGCUGCCACCGUAUUGGCCAAAAGCGUCCUUGUGUCAUUACCCGGCUGUGUAUCGAAGACUCGGUGGAGUCACGCAUGGUCAUGCUGCAGGAGAAGAAGGCCAACAUGAUCAACGGUACCAUCAACAACGACAAGACAUCGAUGGAGAAGCUUACGCCGGAGGACAUGCAGUUCCUCUUCCGCGGAACCUAG